AUGGGCCCCGCUGGCGCGCUACACACGCACGCGGCGAACGGCUACCACAGUGUGGCCAGUGAGGGGAUGACGGCGGAUGACAGCAUCAGCUCGGCCGCCGGCGUCACAGAGUCGUCGAGUGCCGCCCAAAGCACCGCCGCGGUGCCGCUCAUGCACAGCAUUGGGAGAACCAAGCGCCACCGCAUGGUCAGCUCCGCCGACACGCAGCACAGUUUGGCAAGCAGCACGCUGCCGCUCCCGCGUUGCCAUCGCACCUCCGGCCACGGAAGCGUCGACGCGGAGUCGGCUCCUCAGCGCGACGUCUGCUUUGACGCGUCCAUGGCGUGCGCUCUGCCGUCCUCGGCGGGGCGUUACCUCUCCGAUGAGCACGACGAGGAUGCGGAUGGGGCGCCGAAGCGCUGUGGUAGCGGCAGCAAUAGCAGCCGCUGCAGCAGCCGUGGUGCAGUCAGCUACAGCGCGUCUUCGAUUCGCGCCAGAGUCGCGGGCGUGCCUGAGAAGCUGGACAUGAUCACGCCACGGGCAGGCCAGCGCGCGUUCGAUGACUCCGCGGCGGGUGCGCAGUGCCUCGUCAUCGAGGACAGCGUCGACACGGGCGCGGUGGUCUCACCAGCCCAGCUGCAGCAGAUGAAAGCCGAGGCAGCUGGAGGCGGCGUGCAUCGGCGCGCCUCAGACGAGUUCUCGACGCUCUAUGAGAGUCGGCUCGUCACUGCUGACGUGCUGCGCGACUGGACGGGCUGGGAGGAUCUUGACCUGGUGCUUACCGCGCAGCUCCGCGUAGAUGCGGACGCCAUGAUCGGCGUCGACCAGAUUGGGGCACAGCUGUCGUCGCUUUCAUCGCUGAAGCUCAACGGCUCACGCAUUAGCCGUGUACGCCAGCUCGGCAUCGGCUUCCACGCGUUGAAGUAUCUGUGGCUGAACAGCUGCCACGUCACGGAUCUGUGCGGCAUCGCGGCGUGCUGCCCGUCACUGGUGGAGCUUUAUGUCCCCUUCAACUGCGUGCGCGAUGUCACUCCGGUAAUGGCGCUGUCCGCGACGCUAGAAGUUUUGGACGUGGAGGGCAAUCUACUCGACGACGCUGCAGACCUUGGCGCUGUGCUCACUUCCUUGCAUGGGGUGCGGGCGCUGUCCCUACUUGGGAAUCCGCUCACGUGUGAGUACCAAGCGCGUGUGCGAGACGCAUAUCGGGAUUUGCUCGUCGAGGGGGGACGCAGCGCGGGCGCGAAUACAGCGGCCUCUGACGAAGCGCUCUCCCCAGUGUUGCCGCCGAUCGAGCACAAGCCCUUCUCGCACGUCCUUGCAGCCUGGGUGCGCCUGCUUAUGCCGCAGCUGGAGACGCUCAAUGAUGCUGCCAUCGACGUCUCCGUCAACAGCUCCUGCGUCUCGUUCCCUCUGCACAGUUCAUCGUCAGAGGAGGCGAGCCGACGGCUCGCAGUGCCGGUUUCGACUCACGUGGACCCGCUGGAUGACGCCUUGGCCGAGGAGCUGCGGCUGGUAGAGGAGUGCGCGCGGGACGUCGACGCUUUCGACGCUCUUCUCGCUGCCGUCGAUGAGGCGAACCGGCACGUCUACACGCGCCCCUCCACCUCGUGCGGUGGUGCGCAGCCGCGUCUUGCCCCGAGGACCGCCAUUGGGGUUGCUCGCCCCUUCACCUCACGGUGGUCCAGGGCACCCGUCCGACUCGCUUCUUGUGGAGGCUCGACGACUGACGCAUCAGUGCUCACGACAGGGGCGGUACUAGCUGGCAAUGCGACCGCGAGCCUGAGACGCCGACUAGCGACGCCGUCAAUGUCGUUCAACGACGCAGCGCAAGACGACCCGUCUGCCACCAACAGCUCUGCUGCCGACCCCGCUGGACGCAAAGGCACCAGUGCGCAACAGAGUGGCAUCUGUGAAAAGGACUCACGGUACUGUGCCUCUGUGACUGCCACCUCCACCAGCGACCUGGACGAGGAUGCUCGCAUCGCCGCGCUGCUGGCCGAUGACAGCGAAGAAGAGGAGUGGGAGCACUUCAAGGCAUCGCUGCUUCGGUCGCAAUCCACGUCGGCAGCGUCCAUGCCGAGACUGGGCGACCCCAUGAGCACACCAGCGGCGGCAGCGGCCUCCUACCAUCAGCUUCUCUACACGCAGAACGACGAAGCCGCCGCGACGGCAAGCACGCUGCAGGCUGACGGCUUCGAAAAGGAGCUGCGCACGGAGCUGACGCGUCUGCGGAUGCGGAUAGCGAAGGAGAGUCGAGAAUAA